AUGGCCACCGAAGUUGUAUACCGCGAACGCGAAGUCCGGAAGCGGUACAGAUGGCCGGAGGUGCAACUCAAUUUAUGGAUAUUCAUCGUUCUGGCCGGCGCAUCUACAGUACUGGGGAUCAACGCGUGGUUUAUCUCCGUACAGAAUCAAUUAAGAGUCGGAGUCCCGUGGAUAUUCACCUUUGCCGUUAUCGUCGGCGGUCUCACGAUUUUGUUCCUGAUCAUCAUCCUCAUCCUCGCCGCGCGUCGGAUGCUGAUACCCGGCGGAAUCCUCCUCGGCUCGUUCAUCCUGUUCGUGCUAUGGGUGACAACCCUCAUCGAGACGGCCAUCCAACUGUACGGGAACGGCAACGUGAACAGCAAUUGCAAUAACUAUGUCACGGGGCAAGAGUACACGGGCGUGUCGAUAGAGACUCUGGCCUGGCUGACCCAGAGCAAUAUAUGUUCGUGUUGGAAAGCCUCGUUCGCCUGGUCCAUCAUCUUGGCCGUCUUGUUUCUGUGGAUGAUGAUCUUGUCCUGGCAGGUGCAGAACUACGACGACUAA